AUGACGUGCGGCGUCGCGCUGCUGUUGCAUGCUUUUACCUGCGGCUACAUGCUCUGCUUUAGCGCCACGUAUGGCAUCAUGCCGCCCGACGAGGCCAAGGUGCUUCGCAUCUGGUCGCCGGGCGUCUGUGCUGGCGUCUGCGGCCUACUCGCCCUCUUGCACGCCCACGGCGUCGCCAUGAUAGUGUACCGGCAAUCCCGUCGCGUCGCGCCAAGCCCCAAGCCCCGUCGGCCGUCGACGCUUGCCCUCUACGCACAGCUCUUUGCACACGACGGCGCCUUUGGUAUCCAUGGCCGCCAGUACGAGGUGCGACUUGUGGUCAAGCAAGCGCUGCAGCUCCCAUUGCAGGCUUACCGCGCGUACCGCCUCAGCGCGCUCCUCGUGCAUCCGGGCUACAGCGUCGCCUUUGCGUCGACACUCGCGAUCAACUGCAUUGCACUGCCGGGCUGGAUGUGGCGCGGGCACUGGCAACGCAGCCGGCGCUGGGGCGCCUCCAUCGUCGACGUUGUCGCGAGCUUUCUCCUUGGUGUUGGCUUGCCGCUGCUCAUUGUCGGCAAUGCAAUCGUCGCCUUCUUCUUCUCGUCGCAGCGUGACGCGCUCAUUUAUGACCACAAGUGGCUCAACACGUUCAUCCUGAUUGGCCGCUACGUUGCGAUAACGUCCGCCGCUGACCUUAUGGUCUACACGAUAUUGAACGUCGCUUUCUGGACAGCGCUCCAGACGCUGGCGAUGGCCUCGAGCCGGUCGCUCAUGGUAUCUGUACCAACCGAGAUGACAACGCACUGGCUGCGGCUGCCGUACACCAUCUACUCGGUCGGACUCGGUAUCCUUGUGCUUGGCGCUAGUAUCUCGUCCAUCGUCGCUCGGGCGACAUGCGACGCAGGGUGUGAGCUGCAGACGUACCCGUGGUUCUCGACAGACUGCCACUGCAUCAUGUACACACUCACUUGCAACCAAACAACAAACGUCAGCAGCAGCGACAACAUUCAUGCGUUGCUAGCAACGAACUUUACCGAUGUCUUUGACUUGACCAUCCGAGAGUGCCGGCUCCCCCACGGCCUCAAUGCGUCACUCCUGGAUACGUUUACGCAGCUCUACUCGCUGCGGCUCUGGCGCACGAGCACAGUCGAGUGGGACGCGCCGACGCUACCAUCGUCGGUCUGCGCCGUGUACUUGCAAGAUCUGCCGUUGCAGGCGGUGCCACGGCUGCUGUGGCCGCCCACAACCGGUCUCCAGUACAUAUUUUUGCGCAAUGCAUCUCUGUCGAUGAACCAGACACUUCCGCUUUGGACCACUCUCACGCAGCUCGACGUCUCGGGUGCUCAACUGGGCGCUAUACCGGACCACAUCUGGUCGCUUCCGAUCACAACGCUGAGCUGGAACAGCAAUGCGUUAACGGCAUUGCCGCUGCAGCUGUUCAAUGUGCCCACACUCGGCUCCGUGUACCUCUUCAACAACUCGAUCACCGAGCUGCCACCAAUGUUGGCGACCACCUUCUGGCCCAAGGGCCUCCAAAGCAUCUACCUUAACGGAAAUCCGCUGACCACUUUGCCGUCGACACUGCCCUUUGAGUGGCUCAACUCGUCGCGGCUCGUGAUUCGGGAUACGCUGUUUUGCACUCGCCUCGCGGGCCGACCGCCGACGAACACGCUCGAAGUCAAUAUUGUGGCCAAUAUGGAGGCGAUCUGUGGCCACGACUGCGGCGUCGGCUGCCUCGGACGGCUCGUUGGCAACACCGAGUGCGACAACCAGUGCAACACCCCGGCGUGUGCUUUUGACGGCGGCGACUGCGACAUGUGA